CCCCGGCACUAAUACAACAAUUCUUCAUACACAGCGACCAUAAUUACCUGCCAUCGCGCUGGCGUCCGGUACAUAAUCGCGACCAUCAACAUAUCCAAUCCGAUACCUUCGCUCUCUAGCCGUGCGCGCGUGCGCAGUCGGCAAAGCCCUUUGAUAUGGGCGCAUCAGGCUCCAAGCCGGAGGGUGCCGGCCCUGGCCCGGCGCUUCCGACACCGUCACCCGCUCCCCCCGGUGUACCCAUUGGCCCCGACGGCAAGCCCAAGAAGAUUUGCUGCAGCUGCCCUGACACCAAGAAGCUCCGGGACACCUGCAUCGCUGAGCGCGGCGAGGAGCACGCCUACUGCCAAGCGCUGAUCGAGGCGCACAAGGCGUGCCUGCGGGUGGAGGGGUUCAAGGUGUGAGGGGCUGCGGCGGCUCACGGCGCGGCGCCUCACCGCGUCAGCGGCAGUGGCUGGCGGCAGCGGCUGGCGGCCGCGGCACCGCGGCAGCGGCUGGCGGCCAGCGGCGGCGGCCGGCGUCUCACUAGCGUAGCACUCUCAAAGCACAGCAUAUUCGCGCCGCUGGGGGCAGCAGCAGCAGCUGCUGCUGUUGCCACCGCCGCCUCCGAAGUGGCGGUGCAGUGUACAGCGGGAGGUGACGGUGUCAGGGUGACGCGGGCGGCGCAGUUGCGGCGUGCUGGCUGGCUGCAGGGAGUGUGCUACAGCGUGUUAUGCGGAGCUGACAGUGACACUGGCGGUGGCUCGUGGCGACUCCCGGCACAGGUGGCGCGCAUGCAUGCUCCGCAUGCUGUGGCGCGUUUGGCAGUGCACACGUAGGCGUAUGCCCCGGCCCAAGGGCCCAGGAGGCUCUUUGGGUCGUGGAUGUGGAAGUCCGGAUGGGAUUGGGGUGCCGUGCCAUAGGUGGGCGGGACACGUGGUGAGACGCAACAAACGUUACGGGUGUGGGCGUGAGCGACAUGUACACACUAGUGUGACUCUGCUCGGGUACUUCCUAAGUGGCCUGACGUCCGUGUCUGAAGUUCUCAAGGGAUGGGGGAUGUUAAACACAGCGUCCAGGCUGGCACUGGACGGAUUGCAAAAAAACAAAGAACGCAUUCAUAUUUGGUUUAAUGCUGCCCUUAGAAGAGCUGAGGCGUUGGUGCUGGGGGCUUCGGCGUAGUACUGCGAUGCGUGUGUUCUGGGGAGUUUGGGCGAACAGGCUUGCGUGGGUGCUGGUUUCCCGGACACAUCCUUUCCGGGAACUUUGCGCUGCGACACGCCUCUCUCAUAGUUCGUGAUGGGCGCCGAGGUCUGUGGCACUGGAGCGGGUGCGCAGAAGGCGGUGGCAGCGUACUGUGAUGGAGGUUGGACAGCCCAAACGGCGGCAGGCGUGAGAUAAGCUUGAUAUGGGCAGUUUGCUGGCAACAGCAAUGAUGUAUCACCAGUGUCCAACUCGUGC